CUUGCUAGCGCGGCUGCGGCUCCUGAGACGCUCCGGAGUCUUUCAUCAGAAACAACCGGAUUCUCCUCGUUUACCGAGACUCAGUCCGGAGAAUCUCCAGCGGCUUCCACACCGGACGACCCCGGGCAGCUGAUCACGGACCGUAGACCCGGACCGAGGGGGAAACUCGAUAGAAAAUGUCCGAAACCGAAAACUGCGCGCUGCCGCGGGAAGAGCUCCCUGAAGUUGAAGAAGCCGGAGCCGCCGAGGAGAAGUCUGACUCUUCAGAUGCUGGAAAAGAGUCCUCCUCAGAUGCCGGUCCAGAUGGAGCAGAGGCACCAUCUUCCUCAGCUGUUGCUCCCGGUUACGAGGAGAAAGUGCAAACGGACCGGACCAACAGAUUUGAGUACCUGUUGAAGCAAACAGAGCUGUUUGCUCAUUUCAUCCAACCAGCUGCACAGAAGACCCCUACCUCUCCACUGAAGAUGAAACCAGGACGUCCUCGCGUAAAGAAAGAUGAAAAGCAAAGCCUGCUGACUGCUGGAGACAAUCGCCACCGGCGGACGGAGCAGGAGGAGGAUGAGGAGCUUCUGAGCGAAAGCACCAAGACGACCAAUGUCUGCGCUCGUUUUGACGAUUCUCCCUCUUAUGUCAAAGCUGGGAAAAUGAGGGACUAUCAGGUCCGUGGCUUGAACUGGCUCAUCUCUUUGUAUGAAAAUGGCAUCAAUGGCAUCCUCGCUGAUGAAAUGGGUUUGGGUAAAACUCUACAGACUAUCGCCCUGCUGGGUUACAUGAAGCACUACAGAAACAUCCCGGGUCCCCACAUGGUGCUGGUGCCCAAGUCCACCUUGUACAACUGGAUGAACGAGUUCAAACGAUGGGUGCCUUCUCUUCGUGCAGUCUGCCUGAUUGGAGACAGAGACCAGAGGAGUGCUUUGAUCCGAGAUGUGCUGCUGCCUGGAGAGUGGGAUGUGUGCGUCACAUCCUACGAGAUGCUCAUCAUUGAAAAGACUGUGUUCAAGAAGUUCAACUGGAGGUACCUCGUGAUCGACGAAGCCCACAGGAUCAAGAAUGAGAAAUCAAAGCUAUCAGAAAUUGUACGAGAAUUCAAGACCACCAAUCGUUUACUGCUGACUGGAACACCUCUUCAAAACAACCUCCACGAGCUGUGGGCUCUGCUCAACUUCCUGCUGCCUGACGUCUUUAACUCGUCAGAGGACUUUGACUCCUGGUUCGACACAAACAACUGCUUGGGUGACACGAAGUUGGUUGAACGUCUUCACACUGUUCUACGUCCUUUCUUGCUCCGUCGUAUUAAAGCGGACGUGGAGAAAAGUUUGCUCCCAAAAAAAGAGAUCAAGAUGUACGUGGGCCUGAGCAAGAUGCAGCGAGAGUGGUACACAAAGAUUCUGAUGAAGGACAUUGACAUUCUGAACUCGAUGGGUAAGACAGACAAGAUGCGCCUGCUGAACGUUCUCAUGCAGCUCAGGAAAUGUUGCAACCACCCGUACCUGUUCGACGGAGCUGAGCCAGGUCCUCCGUACACAACUGACCUGCAUCUGGCCGUGAACAGCGGGAAGAUGGUGGUGCUGGAAAAGCUGCUACCCAAGAUGAAGCAGCAGGGUUCCCGUGUGCUCAUCUUCAGUCAGAUGACCAGGGUGCUGGACAUCUUGGAGGACUACUGCAUGUGGAGGAACUAUAACUACUGUCGCUUGGAUGGUCAGACGCCGCAUGAGGAAAGACAGAUCUCUAUCAACGCAUUCAAUGAGCCCGGCAGCCCUAAGUUCAUCUUCAUGUUGAGCACCAGGGCCGGUGGGUUGGGCAUCAACCUGGCAACAGCCGACGUCGUCAUCCUAUACGACUCGGACUGGAACCCUCAAGUCGACCUGCAGGCCAUGGACCGAGCUCACAGGAUUGGUCAGCAGAAGCAGGUACGCGUCUUUCGUUUCAUCACCGAAAACACAGUGGAGGAGAGGAUCGUAGAGAGGGCCGAGAUGAAACUGCGGCUGGACUCCAUUGUCAUCCAGCAAGGAAGACUCGUGGAUCCGAACGCAAACAAGCUGGGCAAGGAUGAGAUGCUGUCCAUCAUCCGUCACGGUGCCACACACGUGUUCGCUUCCAAAGAUAGUGAGAUCACAGAUGAUGACAUUGAUGAAAUCCUCGAGAGAGGUGAAAGAAAGACCAUGGAGAUGAAAGAGAAGAUGUCGAAUCUGGGUGAGAGUACCCUGAGAAACUUCACCAUGGACACAGAGAACAGCAGCGUGUACAAAUUUGAAGGAGAGGACUAUAGAGAGAAGAAAAAGGUAAAGAAACCAACAACAUCAGUAAUCUGUCUUUUUACUCAAUCCAGCGACAGAAACCCUCGAGACAUUACCAUAUUUCCUUCAUUUGUCUUCAUUCAGGUCAUUAACAACUGGAUCGAGCCGCCCAAGCGAGAGAGGAAAGCCAAUUACGCUGUGGAUGCCUACUUUAGAGAAGCCCUGCGUGUCAGUGAACCCAAAGCACCCAAGGCUCCUCGUCCUCCCAAGCAGCCAAAUGUCCAGGACUUCCAGUUCUUCCCCCCUCGUCUCUUUGAGCUUCUUGAAAAGGAAAUUCUCUUCUAUAGGAAGACCAUAGGCUACAAGGUUCCCCGUAACCCGGAAAUGCAGAACUCUGCUACGGCGCAGAAGGAGGAGCAGGCUAAGAUUGACGAGGCCGAGGCUCUCACAGAGGAGGAACUGGAGGAGAAGGAGAACCUGCUGCAACAGGGAUUUACUAUUUGGAACAAACGUGACUUCAACCAGUUCAUCAAAGCCAAUGAGAAGUGGGGAAGAGAUGAUAUCGAGAACAUCGCCAGAGAAGUGGAGGGGAAAACCCCUGAAGAAGUCAUGGAAUAUUCUGCUGUUUUCUGGGAGCGCUGCAAUGAGCUGCAGGACAUCGAGAAGAUCAUGUCCCAGAUCGAGAGAGGAGAGGCCAGGAUUCAGAGAAGGAUUAGCAUCAAGAAAGCACUUGACUCAAAGAUUGGUCGCUACAAGGCUCCCUUCCAUCAGCUCCGUAUUUCCUACGGCACCAACAAAGGCAAGAACUACACGGAGGAAGAGGACCGCUUCCUCAUCUGUAUGCUCCACAAGCUGGGCUUCGACAAGGAGAGCGUGUACGAUGAGCUGCGCCAGUGCAUCCGUAACUCGCCCCAGUUCCGCUUCGACUGGUUCCUCAAGUCCAGGACCGCCAUGGAGCUUCAGAGACGAUGCAACACCCUAAUUACGCUGAUAGAGAGAGAGAACAUGGAGCUGGAGGAGAGGGAGAAGGCGGAGAAGAAGAAACGAGGACCAAAGGGUGCAUCAGCUCAGAAACGGAAGUCAGAGGGAACCCCCGACGGUCGCGGACGCAGGAAGAAGCUCAAGUUGUGAAGCUGUUGACGAGCAGCAGUAUCUGAAUUUGAGAGCGCAUCCAGCAGUACUGUUAGUUCUAGUGUCUGUGUUUGUUUAGCAGGUUCUGUGUUAAACACCCGACGGACUGAUCUGGUCGUUUUUUAGGUUUUUAGGAAGUGCUCCUCUAUAAGCCGGCCUCGUCGUCACUGGCCCUGAACACUGCAGCUGUGCUGGUUUAGUUAUUGUUUCCUAGUCCUUUUUUUACUAGUACUUCAUUGAAAUAAAUGUAUUUAUGCCUGUUGGUUGUACUACAUUCCAUUGCUUGAGACGAUAUGUACCUUCUUUUUUUUUUUUAAGAAAAACAUUUGUUCUUUUAUCUUCCUAUGUGAAGUAGAAAAUGUCUUUUGAAACAUCACCAAUAAACCACCCCCCUUUUU